CUAGUUCUAAAAUCUUCAUUCUACAGUUUUAUUUUAUGAAGUGAAUGAAUCAAUGAAUAGUUUGAGUGUUUCGCGUUCAUGUAAUUUGUGAUGAUUCUGUCGCUAUUGUAUUUUAGUACAAAUUAAUGUCCAACGCUAGAAAAAAUGUACUAUGCUUUUAGCGAGGCAUAGGAAAAGUAAUUGAUUGUUUCCAAAGUUCUGUUUAUCAACACUAAACUGAAAAUGGAGGCCUCUAACAAUACUGACGCCGUCAACCUUGGCGUUGGUGAAGUAGAAGCAGAAAUUGGAGAAGAAUUAAAACAAUUAGAGGAAGGAAAAGAUUUUGAUACACGAAGUGAAGUAACUAGUUCAUCUUCAAGCGAGUCAAGUACACCGAGUAUUAGUUCAGUCAGCACUAAAUCCAAAGAGAGACGCGCAAAUCGUAAACGAACUAAGUCAGAAAGCCAUUCACCUGUACAACAUAAACGACGAUGUCUUACAACCACUAACAGUAAGGUGAAGACCUAUGAUUAUAUGACGAAGUUGAAUUAUUUAUUCAGAGACACCCGUUUCUUUUUGAUAAAGUCGAACAAUGCAGAAAAUAUUACAUUGUCAAAAGCGAAAGGAGUCUGGUCUACGUUACCACAGAACGAAGCCAAUUUAAAUCAAGCUUUUAGAGAAUCCCGAAACGUGCUACUAAUAUUUUCAGUGAAGGAAAGUGGUAAAUUUGCUGGUUUCGCUCGUUUAGCGAGUGAGUCACGUCGAGAUGUU